UUGCUGAACCUAGAUCCGGGGUGAAACUCGCUCUAAUACCGAGUCGCUCAACGAAUAUAUUUAAUUGCUUAACUGCCUAGGACAGAUCACCUUGGACAUGUGAACUCCCCCUAUCUCUGCCGGUCUCUGUAGGCUCUAUAUUACCACCUCAUCAAUUCGAUAGUGCCGCUUCUCGUCACGCACGUGUUAUAGGUCUAAGGAUAGAAAACUAAGAUGCGUCUUAGCUUUGGUUUAGCAUGCGUGGCCACGCUGUUGGGCCUCGCAUCCGAAACAAACGCCGACGUGUAUCGCGACCCUGACACUGGGUUCUCGUUCUCUCAGUACAACGCCCCGAUCACGACAGGCACUUCCUAUAUUACUUUCCGCGUCGCGAUCCCGAGCCCAGCUACCUCCGGCCAGCCCUACGACGUCGUCCUCCAGGUUGUUGCCCCGAUAUCCGCCGGCUGGGUUGGCGUUGCCUGGGGCGGUUCCAUGACGAAUAACCCUUUACUGAUCGGUUGGGCAAAUGGAGCUAGUUCGAUGACAUCCAUCCGUCGCGCUACCUCCCACACGGCCCCUACAGCCUACACCGCUGGCAGUCUACAGCUACUCAAGAAGGGCUCCAAGAGUAACGGUACACACUGGCAAUUCACAGCCAAGUGCACGGGAUGUACUCAGUUCACGACCACCGGCACGACGACUAAGAGCCUUAACCCGGCCGGAAGCAACCGCCUCGCGUUCGCGUACGCCAGGACCAAACCCAGCCAACCGUCGUCCGAGUCUAGCCCGCUUAACGUUCACGAUCUAUUCAACUACUGGGAGCACGACUUCUCGUCUGCGGGCAACGCGGCGUUCCAGGACCUCGUAGAUCGGAACUUGUGAGUGCGUGCGUUGAUGAAUUGAUGAAUCGAGAAAUUCUUCGCUUACAUACAAAUCGCCGAGGGAGUUAAAAUUACGGAGAGGUAUUCCGCCUUGAACUGUGAAAAAUACGAGUUUGCGGGUAUUGCGGGCGACGGUGUUGAGACUGGAUGGGAGAUGAGAGGCGCCCUAAGUACUAGGUAAUUUUUAUUGUCCUUUCAGAUUCCCUUUCGAUCAGGUACCGUUCAUAGUGUAUAUAAAGGAUAGAGCGUCUGCGUUAGGUCAGCUAGGUAUCUGGGAGAAACAAGUCUUUAAAUUGAUUGGGUUACUUUGAA